AUGGAGCAGCCACGCCGCAUGACUCAGGCGAUGCGCUUCGACACGAGCUUCUGCAUGUGGAGGCUGGCAUGGCACUCACUUUCCGUGCUCCGCGCCUGUGCCAAGUCGACUUUGGAUUCAUUGUGCAGGCCGAACUUCAAGAAGCUCGGCAUCAGACAGUCCCACCUUCGCCCAGGCCGGCUGCACGGCGCUUGCAGGCAACAGCCACAACAUGACAUUGACAAGCUUCCAGGCUCCCUUCUGAAUUCUUCUGACGCAGGUCGCCAGACGACGACAGCGAGGACCACGGCAGAUGAAGACGAUUAUGCCGAGCUGCGGCAAGCUCGGCAAGACCAGGAAGAGCUGGAGCGGGCACUCCACCAGGCGGAGCUCCACCUUCGCGAGGUGCAGUUGCAGCCAGACCAGGGUGGAGACUCAGCCGACCAUCCAGAAGACACCGGCUUCACGGCCCCGGAGCAAGAGAAGGCAGAGGCGCUUGUUGCCGAGAUCCGAUGUUUCCGGCGCCGCGAGCAAGAUGCAGCGGAGGCACAGCGCCUGCGGCAGGAUGAGCUGCUGCAGCACCUCCACCUCCUCGAGGCCAGGGGUCGAGACGAGCGCUGGGCCUUGCGCGAGGAAUUGACCGAGGCCUGUGUUCAUGCGGAAGUGCUACACUCGGAGAUCAGUGCCGAAAAGAAAGCCCGCGAAGCUACGCUUGAGCGUUUGCGGGAGGAGGAAGUGUACCUCGUUGGCCAGGUCAGUGAGGUGCAGGAAGAGGCCGACCACGUCUCGAGGAGCUCCUACUGGUCUGUGCACAGUGAGUCGAUUUGCUCCGAUUGGUCCGAGGUUGCGCGUGCGCGCGCGGCUCUGGAGCCGUUCGACAUCAGCACACCGCGCGGCCAGGCCUCCACUCCUUCACCGACAGAGGCGGAAUCCCCAGGACGAACGUCUUUGCUGUCGGAACUCCGGGGAAGUCGACGAGAGCGAACUCGUGCCUCCCUAGCAGCAUACCGUCCGUUGCAGGGCGGAGCAUCCAUGCCGGAUCAAGGACAGCCAGGGAGUCCGGAAGUACCGGACGCCUCGGCCGUACCAGGCAAAGCCCGUCGUGGAGAGCGCCACCGCUCUUCUCUGGCUUCUUUCCGCAGUGUGGAUCGCCUUGGCCAAGCGAAGGUCGGCAAUACCCAGGCGUCCGCCGCCCAAGGUUCAGCGCAGCGCCUGAGCGUGAUCGGGGAAGAGGAGCCGGCUGUGCCAGCCGCGAGCAGCGAGCUGAGCGGGGCCGCCUUGCAGGAGGCCUCCGGCCUGCCAGCUGACAAGGAAACCUCCAUGCCGGAGGCCCACGAAGGCGCUGCCGAAAGCAUCGAGUCCCAAAGCCUGGGAGGCGCUUCGGACGAUGUGGCGGCGAGGUGCCGCGGGGUCUUGGAAUGGACCCUUUGUCCAGAGACUGGAUCAGCCACAGCACAGUCGUCUCCUCGUUGGGCUGGCCCAAGCCUUUUCCAAGUGGAGCAAAUGGCAACGGGACGCAAGGUCUUUCGUCUUUCGCAACAGCUUGCCGGCCCCGUUGCAGAGGGUCUCUCCAUCCCUCUGCUGGCCAUUGCAGCUGUUCGCGAAGACAAAGAGGACCCGCUGGGUCUUGUCUUCGUUGUGAGGUACAAGGCAGUGGGCGAACGCGUUCAGGUGCACUUUCGGGCCGCAACGAAAGAAAGCCGUUCCUCCUGGGUCUCAUCGCUUUGCCAGGCCAUCCACGAAGCCCGCCUGUGCGCAAAGCCCUCCAAGCCCCCGAGAGUCGAAGCCAAGGUGCCUGAGGGGGCGUAG